AUGGCGGUAGACACUAGCUACCUGACCACUCAGGUCAACAACAUUGUUGAACAGCUGCAUGGAAUCUACGACGAGAUUGGCGUUCCGGCGCGUGAGCGCGACUCGCGCGAAGCAGAGCUAUUUAGUGCACUUUCAGAAACCUUGAACAACCACCUCAAGGUCGUCGAUGAGGAAGAUAUGACACAGGAAGCCGAAAGCCUCAUUACAGCCAUCCAACAAAUGGAGUCAUCCCUGAGUGAUGAGAGGGCUAAUGGCCAAUACGAGCUCGACCGCGACGACCUCCGGGUCACUUUUCCGCUCAACCGUUGUAUCGCAUUCUUGCGGGAGAAGAACGACGCCAUGAGCAAGCUUCACCGCGAGCGCUUUGAGCAAGUCAGGAAACUGGUUGACGCGCUUGAGUCUUACUCCUCCCACCUUGAGCCAUCAUUCGUUAAGCUCGAGCUCCCUCCAACUGAGCCGGGCUCUUCAAUUCCACCAAGCUUUGACCUCUCACCGAUGUAUGUCACAGCCUUAGAUGCCGAAUUCACCCACGUCUACGAAGAAUACCACCGUCGCAUCGCUCAAGUGCAAUCUGCCUGCGAGGAAAUGAUCAAACUCUGGGCCGAGCUCGGAACCCCCCAGGCCCAAACAGAUACAAAUAUCGUCAAGUGCUAUCGCGAAUCACCUGAACAACUUGGGCUACACGAAUCCGAUGUCGCGAACCUUGUGAGUAAGCGCAACAAGUUACUGGAGGAAAAGAAGGCACGCGAACGCAAGAUUACGGAACUGAGGACAACCGUCAUUUCUCUAUGGGAUCGAUUUGGCGUUGAGGACGCAGAUCGCAAAGCGUUCCUGACAGCGAACCGUGGCUGUGGUCUACGCACAAUCAAUGACCUUGAGGAAGAAUUAACCCGUCUUAAUGAGCUCAAGCGCCAGAAUCUCCAUUUGUUUGUGGAAGAUGCUCGGUGUCGGCUUCAAGAGCUAUGGGAUACAUUGUUCUUUUCCGAGGAAGAGAUGCUCGACUUCACCCCUGCAUUUUCCGACGUAUGCAGCGACGCAUUACUUGAAGCCCAUGAGGCUGAGAUCGUGCGACUGGAGACUCUCAAAGAGCAGCGCGCCCCAACUUUGGAGAUGAUUGACCGUCACCGCACUCUUCUCACAGACCGCGAGGCACUCGCAACUUCAAGCCAGGAUGCCUCUCGUUUGAUGGGCCGUGGAAACAAGGGAGAGAAGCGAGACCCCGGCAAGCUUCUGAGAGAAGAGAAGCUCCGGAAAAGGAUAGCCAAGGAGCUCCCCAAGCUUGAAGCCGACCUACGCAAAGAGCUUGAGUACUGGGAAGACGAAUUCGGUCGACCAUUCCUCGUCCACGGAGAGCGAUAUCUUGAUGCCCUGACGCCUGUUAAGGCAAUGCCACCGCCUCGAUCAAAGACCCCCUCUGCGCCGCCAUCCACUAUGAAAUCAAACACACUGCGGAAUCAGCCGCCUCCCCGACCAGGAAGCUCAAUGAGAGGACCGCCUCCCCCUCGCUCAGCAACCAAAACCCCAACCAGCGCUGGUCCAAUCAAGCACAACACCAUUGGAUAUGGUGCCUCUCGGGCUGGAGCUACCUCUCGGGCUGGGGCCACAUCACCUUCGAAGUUGCCUGCUCGUGUUCCACUGGGAAAUAUGCCUCAAGGUAGCAAUUCCCCUGAGCGCCGGGCGAAACCGGGCGCCUACUCGUCUAGCACGCUUAAUGGCAAAAUGCCACCCCCUCGAGGACCUCCUCCACGCAUGCGUGCUUUGACUGUGGAGUCUAGAGAAGAUCGCUUCAGUCAUCUCUUGGAGCCCCCUCGCUGCAACAGCGCCAUGUCCAGCGCUUAUGUCCGGCCUGUGAGCCCUGAGGAUGUUUAUGAUGAUCGCCAGCGAUCAUUCAUGAGCACUUCGGGCUUCUCGAACUCUCAAAGAUCCACUGGGUUCUCUCAUUCAUCUCACUCCUCCCAUUCCUCGUUGUCUCUGAACAAUGCUGCUCAGAACUUCCCACGACCCAACCCCUAUCUCCAACGCGCAGCACCACCUCCAGCCGCUCGACAGGUCUCCAAUUCAUCUACUGUCAACACUGCCACCUCCGGGUCUGAGAAUUGGGAGACUUUUGAGGAUGGUUCGGAAUCCGAGCUUGACCCCAGCGAUAUUUACUUCUCCAAACUGCGCACCGUUUCUGGAGGAAAACGAUUUGCACCCGAGGAUGGUUCCGAUCUGAUUGGUAAGAAAGCCAAGGGCAUUCGGAGCGUGAGUCCGGAAGGACCGCAUCCCGGUCAGGUCCUGCGUGUUGCCGGAAGUGAUACCGAAUGGGCCGACGACUACGAAACUUAUUAA